UGUUUUACUAUUUCAUAGAAAAGAAACAUCAUCUAAAUUAGUAAAUACAAAAAGAUAUAAAGAAUAAAGGUAUAUUAAAAAGUAUAAAAUUACAAUUGAAUGUGCAAUGGUUUGUCCUAUCUGCAAACAGAAUAUUAUCUUUAGUGCUACUCUUUGUUCUGAUUGACGUUCCAUUCCAAGAUGGCAGACAUGCCGCUUGAGCCAUGAUAGUAUGGAAUCGUAGGAUUACGAUUUUUAGGUGUGUCUUUCUAAAUAUCGAACUAGAAUGUCUCCCGAAUUCUUGACUAAUGUCUUAUACGUAUGUACUGACGAUGUGAAACAACUCGCUCGCGUUAAGUGCGCUAGUUUUAGGUAACGUUUGUGCCGGGACAUAUGUAAUAAAACGGUGAUCGAAAUUGUGUUUUUCGGUGUGUCGUGUACGAUAAGUAUUCUGGUUUGAUGUUAAAUUAAAAUGUGGAAUAUGAUGUGCGACGUGAUGCCCACUAUAUCGGAGGACAGUAUCAGUCAAAGGAGUUCGCAGUUAUCCGGUGAGGAUGCGAAUUUCGAGCAGUUGAUGGUGUCUAUGCUGGAUGAGCGAGAUAAGCUGGUGGAGAGCUUGCGAGAGACACAGGAGCGGCUGGGGGACUCGGAGCUGCGCCUCAAGGAGGUGGAGAAGGAGCGCGACUCGCUGCACAGACAGAUCGCCGCCAAUUUGCCUCAGGAAUUCGCAACACUCACAAAAGAGCUCAAUCAGGCCAGAGAACAACUCCUCGAAAGGGAAGAGGAGAUUUCAGAGCUCAAAGCAGAGAGAAACAAUACCAGGUUAUUGCUAGAGCACCUAGAAUGCCUAGUAUCAAGACACGAGCGCUCCUUGCGCAUGACAGUAGUGAAGCGACAAGCAGCCGCGCAGUCCGGCGUCUCCUCAGAAGUCGAGGUCCUGAAGGCGCUCAAGAGCCUCUUCGAACAUCACAAGGCUUUAGACGAAAAGGUGCGGGAGCGGCUACGUGUGGCGUUGGAGAGGAAUACCGCUCUCGAAGAAGAACUAGCUCUCACUAAGGAAGAAUUACAGCAAUACAAAUCAUCACAAGACGACAAGCCGAAGGAGAACGGCACCGUGCCCACCGGCUCGCCCGAACAGAACGGGGAACAACAAACUACUAAGGAUCCAAAUAAUGUAAACGGCGAAUCGGAGACGACAAGGAAAAUCAGUGAGCUCCAAAAUACGAUCGCCAAGCAGUCAGCAGAGCUAAGCUCGUGGCAGCGACGCGUGGCCGAGCUGAACAACAAGGUGUCGGAGCUGGAGGAGCGCCUCGCCAAGGGAGAGAAGGAGCUCGCCAAGAAGCAGGACGAGUGCGUCAAGCUGCAGCGAGACCUUAGGGAGAACGUGGCGCAGAAGGAGGAUCAGGAGGAGCGCAUCACGACAUUAGAGAAACGUUACCUGAACGCGCAGCGCGAGUCUACCUCCCUACACGACCUCAACGAGAAACUCGAACAGGAGCUCAACCACAAACAGGCACAACUUAAGUUGCAAGAGGAGAAGAUUGCAGCCAUUGAAGAGAAGUUGGAGUUGUCCACACAGAAACUGGCUCAGAUGUCCUCGUUGCCAGAAAUGGAGGAACAGCUCAAGGCGAGGAUGGAAGCCCUCAGCCAGGUAAGAUUAGGGGCGCAGGAGCGUCACGGGUCUGCGGAGGACCGCAUCCAGCGGCUGGAGGCGAGCGUGGAGGAGAAGAACGCCGAGCUCAUGCGCCUCAACCAGCGCCUGCGCAUGAACGAGGAGCACAACACGCGCCUCUCCGCCACCGUCGACAAGCUGCUCUCCGAGUCCAACGACAGGUUACAAGUGCACCUCAAAGAGCGCAUGCACGCGCUGGACGAGAAGAACGCGCUGACGCAGGAGCUGGACAAGACGCGCAAGUACGCCGACGAGCUGCUCAGCGACAAGCAGGACAUACUCAAGGAGCUGGCCAAGUGGCGCAUGGAGACUGAACAGCUGAAGCGCCAGAUGCUGGAGCAGGAGAUCGCGUUCAACAUCCAGCAGACGGACGCGCUGACCCGCUCGCUGUCGCCCGCCGCGCAGCCGCAGCCGCCAGCCACGCUCUUCCAGCCCAAGUUGGACGGCUCGUGGGAGAAGCUGCAGCAGGCGCACGUGCUGGCCAACGUGCAGCAGCCCUUCGACGUCUCCAGCGACGCUGAGAACGAAGAAUCAGACGGUGGUGUAGAAGGCGGUCACACGGACGCCGCGGCACUAGCUCUCAUGCUGCAGGAACAGCUCGAUGCCAUCAACACCGAGAUCCGCCUCAUACAGGAGGAGAAGCAGACCACGGAAGCCAGGGCUGAGGAGCUCGAGUCUAGGGUGGGCAGCUACGAGCACAUGAACGUGCGGGCGCGGCGCGGCGAGUCGCCCCCGCGCGCCGCGUCGCCGUCCCGCGCCAUGCGGCCCGCGCACCACAAGUACCAUACCCUGCAGCUAUGCGAAGAAGGAGCGCCGGGCGUGGGCCCAGUGGGCCCCGCUGAAGGGGCGGAGUCCCCGCUCACGGCGCGGUCGCUGCGGCUGGAGCGAGCCGCCCGAGCGAUACACGCGGAGAGAGACCGCCUGAGGACGCACUAUCAGCCGCCUUAUGACUCCAAUAUUUCAUCCAGUUCAAGCCAAGAGUCGCUGGGCGGGGCGAGCGCAGGGCUCGGGGGCGGGACCUGGGGCGGCUCCACCUCCCGGCCCGGCGCCGCCUCCGCCGCCUCUAUCGCAUCUAUGCACCAACAGAAGAAGAGAGGCAUCAAGAGUUCCUUAGGAAGAUUCUUUAGUAAGAAGGAGAAGGCGGGAAUGCCGCUACAGCAAGGUCAGAGUCCCCGCUCGAUGUCGUCAGUGUCCUCGCUGGGGCUGUCGUCGCUGGCGGACGAGGCGGCGGCGGGCGAGGCGCUGACGCCGCACGCGCCGCUGUCGCACGCGCCCAUGUCGCACCAGGACUAUGCCAGGACCAAGAGCAAAGAGCGCGACUACCGGCACGAGCUGCUGGGCGAGGCGAUGCGGGCGGGCACUCCAUUCGCGCUGUGGAACGGGCCCACCGUGGUAGCCUGGCUCGAGCUGUGGGUGGGCAUGCCGGCGUGGUACGUGGCCGCCUGCCGCGCCAACGUGAAGUCGGGCGCCAUCAUGUCGGCGCUGUCGGACCAGGAGAUCCAGCGCGAGAUCGGCAUCAGCAACCCGCUGCACCGCCUCAAGCUGCGCCUCGCCAUCCAGGAGAUGGUGUCGCUCACGUCGCCGUCCGCGCCCAGGGGCACGGCCUGUGCCGCGCUCGCCUUCGGGGAUAUGAACCACGAGUGGAUCGGCAACGUCUGGCUGCCUUCAUUAGGUUUACCACAAUACAGAACGACAUUCAUGGAGUGUCUAGUAGACGCGCGGAUGUUGGAGCACCUCACCAAGAGGGACCUACGGACGCAACUCAAAAUGGUCGACAGUUUUCAUAGGACGUCGUUGCACUUUGGCGUGGCUUGCUUGAAGCGCGUGGGGUACAGCGUGAGAGCGCUGGAAGAGCGGCGCCGCGCCGCCGAGCACGGCACCCGGGAUGUCCUCGUGUGGACUAAUGAGCGGCUGCAGCGCUGGCUUGUCGCCAUCAACCUCAAGGAGUACGCGAACAAUCUGUCAGAGAGCGGCGUGCACGGGGCGCUGAUCGCGCUGGACGACAACUUCGACGCCAACUCCAUGGCGCUGGCGCUGCAGAUACCCACGCAGAACACACAGGCGCGGCAGAUCCUGGAGCUGGAGUUCGGCGCGUUGCUGACGAGCGGCACCGAGCGAGCCGCCCGCGUGCACGACCACGCCGCCUCCUGACACCACACGCUCAACUAGGCCACGUGGUACCCGCAGUAGCGGCCGGCUGACGAGCGGCUCGCCCGCGUAUAGUCAUACGUUAACUUAGUACACUAUUUAUUUGGUACAAAGCUCUGUUCACUUCCGAACCUCGCUAGUCUACGCGCCCGACUAUAAUGUUCUAUAUGGCGGCAUUUUAUAGUAAUACGCUUCUCCAUUCGUGUUUAUAAUGUAAAUAUUUCACUACAGCUUCUUAACAGUAUACCCGCGAGUCCAACCGUCGCCACGAUAUCUACCAAAGUACUAUAAAAUGCUAUCAUAGGUAAGUUGUUGAUACAAUAAUAUUCUCCAUAAUGUGUAUAUUGAAGUAUACAGUAGCUAAGGCUUCUCUAUAAACUACAAAGUGCUCUGAAAUCUGUAGACUAUGUACUUAAUGUGUAAUCUGAUAUUUAUUAAUUGUAACUUGAUACAAAUGUGUAGUAAUGGCGCGUUGUAUCGUGUUUUGUGUACUAAUGUAAGUAUUAUUCGCCUUAAAGUAUUCACUUAGAGGAACAGUAUACUUGUUACAAGCAAUGUCGGUUGUUCUGUGGUUGUAAUCAUAGCUAGACAAACGACAAUGGACCUUUAGGCUAUGUUUUUAGGUGUCAUUUUAGACGUGAGUACAACCACAGGCGCCUAUACAAAAUAUUUAAACAAAUAGCCUUAUAUCGCAAUAGUUUAUUACGUCCGUCUCUUGGACUAUGAUUACAACAGUUAUAGUCCAGGAGCCCGACAAUCUUCGCCAUUUUAUUUAAACGUUAAAAACACGGUACACGCAAAAUAAACAUUGACAUACUCUGAUGCCAAAUAUUAGUUAUAUUUUAACUAAUAUACAUUUGUAUAUCGUCGGCUGUACAGUUUGCAAAUGUACUGGUGGACUACUUAAAUAUUUCAAUGACUUUUCUUAAACUGUCUUACAUUUGCGUAUAAAUUAGAUAAAGUACAAUUUUAUUUCAUCUACUUACAGUAGAUACAUUUCCUCUUUUACCCUUGUUAUUUUUCUGUUUAUUAUUGUUCGCUUAAAUCUAAUAAAUUCGGUAUUAGUUUGCAAACUGCAUGUGUUCGACCGCUACUCGUAAAGUUACUGUGUUGUGAGAGAUUACUGUAUUGCUGGUCGACGUGUGAAGACGUCGCCUAAUUCCCUGUGUUCCAACUGAAAUCUGUCAGCUUAACACUUUGACGAUACACUUGAAAGACUACGUAUAAAAGGGGAAAGUGGGGAUCCUUGACGCAGUAGUUAUAAAAGAAGAAAAUAAGGAUCCUAGACAAAAUUGUUAGAAAAGGGAAUAGGGAUUCUUGUCUCAGUGUGUUUUUGGUUAGCAAAAGUUUAAUAUAUUGGUCUUUUAGAAUGAAAUCAUGACUUAUAAAAGACAUGCAUAUGUUCCUAAAGUGUAUUGGAUUUUGUAUGUCAAUGUAAAUCAAUAUGGUAUAACUUUCAAGUGUAUCAUAAAGGGUUUAGCUGACUCAACAGUUGGAACAAAAUUCACUCUCUGUGUCACACUAUUGAACUACAAUCACUAAGGUUACAAUAUGUAUGACAAGUGUAGUCAGUAGUGUGUGACAGCGAGUGUGCCCCGUGUACCAAGUGCCUCCCUGAGGUGUGUAUAUACAUAGCUUUAUGUAGUUGAAUGUGUGCCUCCAAUGUCGCACGAUACUAGUCUUAUGUAAAGUGUUACUACAUUGUUUUGUAAUCUUCUAUUUUAUUAACUCGCUACUAGAUCAGCUGAAACUUAGCUAGGUAUAUUUUUGUUAAGCGUUUUACAAAUAUCCUGAAGUGUGGCAACCUUGUGAAGUGACGAGUAGGGUUGCUCCGCGAAUAACAUGAAUGUUGUAGUUUUAUUUUCUGUCGUCGUGUGGUGUGAACUGACUUUUGAGAAUAAUGAUGGAACGUUGUCCUGUAAUUGGCGUUUAUACCACGCUCACUACUAAAUUGGCAAUACUGCCACUAUGUGUUUAUUUUUUAUUAAAAUAAAAUACAAUUUAGAGAAUGAUCCUUUUUAUUGUAAAGCUCGUCAGUGUCACACCCCGCGGCGACUUCAAUAGAUAAUGAAAUAAAACUUAAUGAAUUGUACAGCUAAAGCGAUUUUAGUUUAAAAAGUGAAUCUUUUUAACCUGUAGCAAAUAUAUUGUAAAUAUUAUCGUUUAUAUAUAAUUUCUAUCGACUGUAGGUGUAAUAGCAAUAUUUAGCUAAGAUGUGUUCAAAACUGAAAGGAUUUUUAUUGUAUUAUUACUUUGUAAUGAUAACCGCUUAUUUAUUAACUAGAUUUUAUUAUUUAUUAAGUUAUUAUAGGAAAUGUAUUAAAUAUACCGGUUUAUUAUAAAAAUUACCUCAGUAUGGUUUGUGUUAGGGCUGCAGCGACUGUCGGUCGGCGCGGCGGUAGGCCUCAGCUAUGUAUAGUUAUCGAGUAACAGUAUUAAUAAACUUAGGUGACAGACGGCGCCACCGGUGUGAUUUUUUUAUAAAAUUAAUUAAUUUUUAAUCGUAGAUAAAAUUUGGAUAUAUACUUCUCGGAGUAAGUUUGUACCCGGCGUCAAAUGUUGCCAGAUGUGAAAUAUAUAACUUAACAUUCGCGUUUAUCUUCAGCAUGUUGCUCAUUAACUGUCACGUCUCGCAACGUAUGGCGCGGUGCAUUUUUAAAAUUUUUCAUAAAUAAAUUGAAAAUGUGAAUGGUAUCUACUUUGUAUUGGUGACACGUGCGGAGCGGAACGCGUGGCGGACGUAUCGCGGCUGCGUUCUCACUCUUGUCUAUAUCUCCCUAGCCAGGCUACACAAAACAUACUUUAAAAGUUAUAUAAAACUAAAAUUCACUUAAAAUAUAACUGAUAAAUUAUAUUAAAUGCCUCAAAAAAAACUAUCAAAUAUUAGAAAUAACUCUUAAAACUUCGGUAUUGACACUAAUAUCGUGAACAAUACGGAAUAAAACUCCGUGCGAUGUUGUCGGUAUGUCUCCCCCUGGCUAGGAGCGGUCGUGAGUCACACACUGAGCUAGCACUGCGGCGGGUAGGCAACGCGUUGCAGACCUGAUAAGGUAUUGUAGCCGGAUAUUGGAGUACGGAACUAUAGACGGUUUUGGUGUUGUAAUUUAUCCAAAAUGAAAAAGUCACUAGACUUAUUCCGUUGAGUGUAAAUUAGCUCUGAAUAUUAAUAAAUUAAUUCAAGGCUCGAAAUUCGCGUGUACUAAAAGUGUGGAAAAUGCGUUUCGUACUCCAAUAGUCCGGUGUAUCUGACGUCUCGUCAAUAAAGCCUGACUCAAUAUCAUACGUACACAUCAUCGUUUCAUUAUCAAAAUAUAAAUAAAUAUAUAUUAGCUACAUAAAGUUUGUAUACAAUGCAACAUGCGAGAUGGUUAUUUAGUUAACUGUUAGUGUACUUAUAGCUUUUCGACGUAGCUAAUCGAGUUUUGUAUAAAGUGGUUUGGAUGACGUAGUAUAGCCGAUGUGUCAUGGCCGCUGUGCGGUCCCUUUGUAAUCGUACACUUUUAUAUGUUCCCUGCAGUUAGCGUAGACAAGUCUAUCGUCCGGUUCCUCGCCGUGUCCGGCCGCGUCCGGCGGUUUGUAACGUUCGGUGCGAGUCUGUAACGUGCCUUGUUACACUAAACUAUCUGUUUACGUUGAUCUAUGAACUUUCUUUAUCAUUUAACGAUUGGCAGUCACGCCGAUCACUUCUAGUGGACGACUAUUGUCCACUGAGAUUUCGUACAUAUAAGUACAGUAGGUGUUGUUGUAUUGUUAAUAGAAGUUACAUAUCUAAUGUUACAAACGCCCGGCGCCGGACACGUGUAGCGAUGAGUGUUGCCAGUAGUCCGCGUGUGCAUCGCGCGACCUCCACAAGUGCCAAGUAACCGCCGGUUUGGAACGGACGCGACCGAACAAUAACUAGAAUAAUUUACUCACAUUCCAACUCCGAUGACGCACGAUCGGACCCCUAUCGAACAAAAACAAAUCAAUAUUUUUCCAAGAUUUUAAGUCCCAGUGGCUCGCGCUACCAAAGAAUAAAGUUACCUUCACGUUAAGGAGUUAAUGUAAAAUAUGUUUAUUAGUGGAAAUCAAUUGGAUAUGUAUAUAAUUUGGCCUGUGUGUGCAUAGCUUGUUAUAGUGACGGGAUAGUAUCGAAGCGCGCGGGUUGCGUCUCGUCACCGCGCGUUACAUUCCAACGCUUUCCGUGUUAUAUGAUCGCUUUGGCCCUCGACUAGAUAAUCGGUAUAUCGUUACAGGAGAACCCUUCUAACGGCCAUUGUUUUGAUGUCAUAACGAAAUUGUUAACUAGACAAUGUUUAUUUUGACCAAUGUAAUCUGUACUAAUGUGUAAUCUGUACGUUUGUAAAAACGUUUAUCAAAAGUGCGAUGACGGCAUACGUUGUGCAUAAUGAUAAGAGGUAAAUACAAUUUACACGAUACAA